CUCCGACGGCUGCCCCACCUCAAGAGUAUGGUGCCGGCGCCCGGGGUAAUCUAGUUCUCCGCGCACUCCUUUCUCCUCCUCUCCCUCCUCCUCUCUCUCCUGCCGGGCUUGCCUCUGGGUUCUCGGCGUGUGGGAGUGCAACUCUGCUUCCCCAGAGAUCGGCUUGUGGCCCCUGAACAGAACUUGCCCAUUGAGAGCGAACCCGGAACAGCUGGAUAAUGUCCACUCCGAGCAGAUUCAAAAAGGACAAAGAGAUCAUAGCCGAGUAUGAAAGUCAAGUCAAAGAAAUUCGAGCUCAACUGGUAGAACAACAAAAAUGCCUGGAGCAGCAAACAGAGAUGCGAGUUCAGCUUCUCCAGGACCUUCAAGAUUUCUUCCGGAAAAAAGCAGAAAUUGAGACAGAAUAUUCUCGGAACCUAGAGAAGUUGGCAGAAAGGUUCAUGGCAAAAACAAGAAGCACUAAGGAUCAUCAGCAGUACAAGAAAGACCAGAACCUGUUGUCUCCAGUUAACUGCUGGUAUUUGCUUCUGAACCAAGUGAGGCGAGAGAGCAAAGACCACGCCACCUUAAGUGACAUCUAUCUGAACAAUGUGAUCAUGCGCUUCAUGCAGAUAAGCGAGGAUUCCACCAGGAUGUUUAAAAAGAGCAAAGAAAUUGCAUUCCAACUUCAUGAGGAUUUAAUGAAGGUUCUUAAUGAACUUUACACGGUGAUGAAAACAUACCAUAUGUAUCACGCAGAGAGCAUCAGUGCAGAGAGCAAGCUGAAAGAGGCUGAGAAACAGGAGGAGAAGCAAAUUGGAAGAUGUGGGGACCCAGUCUUCCACAUUAGACUAGAAGAGAGACAUCAGCGACGAAGCUCUGUAAAGAAAAUUGAAAAAAUGAAAGAAAAAAGACAAGCUAAGUAUUCGGAAAAUAAACUAAAAUCCAUUAAGGCACGGAAUGAGUAUCUCCUAACACUUGAAGCAACCAAUGCCUCGGUUUUCAAAUAUUAUAUUCAUGAUCUUUCAGAUUUAAUUGAUUGCUGUGAUCUUGGCUACCAUGCAAGCCUGAACAGAGCCCUAAGGACAUAUCUCUCUGCAGAGUAUAACCUUGAAACCUCCAGACAUGAAGGCUUAGAUAUUAUUGAGAAUGCCGUUGAUAAUUUAGAACCUAGGAGUGACAAGCAGAGAUUCAUGGAGAUGUAUCCUGCCGCGUUCUGUCCACCAAUGAAAUUUGAAUUUCAGUCUCACAUGGGUGAUGAGGUGUGUCAGGUCAGCGCCCAGCAGCCAGUCCAGGCGGAGCUCAUGCUCAGGUACCAGCAGCUGCAGUCCCGAUUGGCCACACUCAAAAUUGAGAACGAGGAGGUCAAGAAAACAACAGAAGCCACCUUGCAGACAAUACAAGAUAUGGUGACCAUCGAGGACUAUGAUGUGUCUGAGUGCUUCCAGCACAGCCGUUCCACAGAAUCUGUGAAGUCCACCGUCUCUGAGACCUACCUGAGUAAGCCCAGCAUCGCCAAGAGAAGAGCAAACCAGCAGGAAACCGAGCAGUUCUACUUCAUGAAACUCAGAGAAUAUUUGGAAGGCAGUAAUCUCAUCACAAAACUUCAAGCCAAACAUGACUUGCUGCAAAAGACUCUUGGAGAAGGUCACAAAGCUGAAUAUAUGAGUACAAGGCCUCCAAAUGUUCCCCCUAAGCCCCAGAAACACAGGAAGUCCAGACCCCGCUCACAGUAUAAUGCUAAGUUGUUUAAUGGGGAUUUGGAAACAUUCGUCAAGGACUCAGGACAGGUUAUCCCCCUUAUAGUAGAAAGCUGUAUUCGAUUCAUCAAUCUCUAUGGUCUUCAGCAUCAAGGGAUUUUCCGAGUGUCUGGUUCCCAGGUGGAAGUCAAUGAUAUUAAAAAUUCAUUUGAGAGAGGUGAAAAUCCUCUUGCUGAUGACCAGAGUAACCAUGAUAUUAAUUCAGUGGCUGGCGUUCUGAAGCUCUAUUUCCGUGGACUGGAAAACCCCCUCUUUCCUAAGGAAAGAUUUAAUGAUCUGAUUUCUUGUAUCAGAAUAGAUAAUCUCUAUGAGAGGGCGCUUCACAUCCGCAAACUCCUCUUGACCUUGCCCAGGUCAGUCCUGAUAGUGAUGAGAUACCUCUUUGCCUUCCUCAAUCAUCUUUCCCAAUACAGCGAUGAGAACAUGAUGGAUCCUUACAACCUGGCCAUUUGCUUUGGCCCAACACUGAUGCCUGUCCCGGAAAUACAGGACCAGGUGUCUUGCCAGGCACAUGUGAACGAAAUUGUCAAAACUAUCAUCAUCCACCAUGAGACCAUUUUCCCAGAUUCUAAAGAAUUGGAUGGCCCUGUUUAUGAGAAAUGUAUGGCUGGAGAUGACUACUGUGACAGCCCAUACAGUGAGCACGGUACAUUGGAGGAAGUAGACCAGGAGACUGGCACAGAACCCCACACCAGUGAAGAUGAAUGUGAGCCAAUAGAAGCAAUAGCCAAGUUUGACUAUGUUGGGCGGUCUGCCAGAGAACUGUCCUUCAAGAAGGGCGCCUCCCUGCUGCUGUAUCACCGAGCAUCCGAGGACUGGUGGGAAGGCAGACACAACGGGAUUGACGGGCUUGUGCCUCACCAGUACAUAGUGGUGCAGGAUAUGGAUGAUACGUUUUCAGACACUCUCAGCCAAAAAGCCGACAGUGAGGCCAGCAGUGGCCCAGUCACUGAAGACAAGUCCUCAUCCAAGGACAUGAACUCUCCAACCGACCGCCAUCCUGAUGGCUAUUUAGCCAGACAAAGAAAAAGAGGAGAGCCACCCCCUCCACUGAGGCGUCCUGGCAGGACCAGUGAAGGCCAUUGCCCUCUCCAUCCCCCACAUGGUCUUUCCAACUCCUCAGUUGACCUGGGGUCCCCAAACCUGGCCGGUCAGCCCCGUGGCCUGCUGCAGAACCGUGGCCUCAAUAAUGACAGUCCUGAAAGGAGGCGCCGGCCUGGCCAUGGCAGCCUGACCAAUAUCAGCCGGCACGACUCUCUCAAGAAGAUCGACAGUCCACCUAUCAGAAGGUCCACGUCAUCAGGGCAAUACACAGGCUUCAAUGACCACAAGCCACUGGACCCAGAGACAAUUGCUCAGGAUAUUGAAGAGACAAUGAACACUGCUUUGAAUGAACUCCGAGAACUCGAGAGACAGAGUACAGCAAAGCAUGCGCCUGAUGUGGUGCUAGAUACCUUGGAACAAGUGAAGAACUCUCCUACCCCUGCCACUUCUACAGAAUCUCUCAGCCCUUUGCACAAUGUCACCCUCAGGAGCUCCGAGCCUCAGAUUCGACGUAGCACUAGCUCCUCCAGUGACACAAUGAGUACUUUCAAGCCCAUGGUGGCACCCAGAAUGGGUGUGCAGCUGAAGCCCCCAGCCCUUAGGCCGAAACCUGCUGUUCUUCCAAAAACAAACCCUACUGUAGGACCUGCCCCACUUUCCCAGGGUCCAGCAGACAAGUCUUGCACGAUGUAAAUACCAGCUGAGCAAGGUCAUAAGGGGAAGUGAUUUAAAAAAGAAAAUGGAUUAGUGACAAAAGUUAGUGAUCCAUAACUUUCCUUUGUUUUGUGCUUAUAACUGGAGAUCUUCUGGCUUUUCUAUGUUGUCGAAUGUAAUGUCUAAGAUUAGCUAAAUUAACACGGGCAUUUGUAUUUUGUAAUUUUUCUAAAUAACUGGACAUAUGUCAUUUUAAAAACAAUAGAAACACUUAGACUUACUUGAAAAUCCAAUGCUGCAUCGUUUAUAAUGAAGGCAACACCGCUCCCCCACAUUGCACAGUGCUUCAGAUUUAGUGUGGCCCAGAUGAGUCAGAAAUGGCUUAAUGGAUCUGAGUUCCAGGUCUUCCUGGAGUAUAACCAGUGUUGGAGUGGCACUUGGGCUAAUCAAAAGGUGAUCAGGGCAUUAUUGGUAACUGACUAUGAAUACCUCUGAUUUCAUCCAGAGUGGGAGUCCAGCUUCUGCUAAAGACUUGCAUUUAUCACAGUGGGACCUUCACAUCCCCCUGAAUGGACUGAAUGACUGCCUCUUCUGUAACAGUCAUUGCGUGGGUCCAGGUUAGAACCCAGUGUUGCUUGACUUGAACCAAGAAAGAAGAGGGAGACAUCAAGUCCAAAGCUACUGAUGUUACCCUAUCCAUAACCAUCAUCAGGCCCUGGAGAUUUCCAAGUCCACCCCCUGUGUUUACAAAGGACUAGGACAGUCCACAGACUUUGUGGUUACACCACCAACUCCUGCAGAGUUUUGUUCUAACUGCCUAGAGACUACUUUUCAUCUCCCUGAAAUCCCUGUUUUCCUCGGUGGGAAGCAUACAAGACAUGAGUCCUUGAUCCAGUCAGUGUUCUCAGACUAAAUUACCAUGGUUUCAUGUAAUACACCGCACAGAUUCGAUGAGCCUACAUUUGAAACUCCAGUUCUCCUCUCCAUUUCUCCUUUUGAGCCAAUCCAGAACUGGCUAUGGUACUUGAGUAAAAGCCAUGAAGGACCAUCAUAGGAAGAUUACCUCAUGGUUUCAGGAUAAUUUCCUCUCAGUUUUGUACCUGGGAACUAUGACUCUUCUUUUCCUUUAUUUUUUCACUUUUUUAGCAUGUGGUCUCUAUAUAACUCACAUAGUCAAUUAUGCUCAAUUGUAGAACCUCUCUGGCUUCUAUGCCCAUAGACAAUUUUUCUUUAGCUCAUAUUUUACUGUUUCUAUGCUCUUAAAAAAUGUUUUUGGUUUUGUUUUUAGGGGGCUGGAUGGUUUGGGGCAUUCUAAGCAGACACUCCACCUCUAGUGCCCCUAAAGUUGUUUUGAAUGCAUUUGCUUUUACUAAGGUACAAAUAAUCACCGUCCUACCGGCAUCAGUUGAUAAAAUCUGUAGACAUAUAAACUUUUUUAUAUGUGCCAUCACUGAACUUCUGGAUGAAGGAAUAUGUAUUCCUCCUAUAAUCCCAGCAUUCCGGAGGCUGGGGCAGGAGGAUUGCUGUGAGUACAAGACCAGCCUGG